AUUGCCAAUUUCUCAAUAUCCAACCUCAAGGGAUUAACAAAGAAUAAUUUCUCAGAGUUGAUGCUACCUGUUGUGGACUACCUUCAAUUCCAGAACAUCAAGGAGAAGAACGAGAACUUGACAUGUUUGAAAGAGAAGAACUUCCACCCAUUGACAGUGUUUGCUUGGGAUACAUUAGAGAGUGCAAUCUUUAAGAUAGUGGCUACAAAGGUACAUCGUCUAUGGGUAGUAGACAUUGAUGGUUAUCCAGUGUCAAUGGUAACCAUUGAUGCUAUCCUCAAACUGAUCACAUACACUCGAAUGGAUAUUGCC